UUAUUCCAAAGCACUAUGCCUUUGUCUACGCCCAACUUGUAUUACUAUUAUAUAAGCUGCACCAAUCCUUUUGCCUUGCCAGAAAGAAAUAAAAUGUUUGGAGCAAUUUCCGAGGAGAGGGAAGUGAGCGUGCCGGCAGGUGAGGCAUGGAAGAUCUACGGCACGCUUCGACUCGCCAAAAUUGUUGGAGAAGCGCUUCCUAAUUUGAUCGAGAAAAUUGAGGUAGUAGAAGGAGAUGGAGGAGCUGGAACAGUCAUCAAACUAUGUUUUCCACCAGGCGCUGGGUUGGGCGAUUACAAAGAGAAGUUCACUGUGGUGGAUGAUGAGAAACGAGUGAAGGAAACGGAGGUAGUUGAAGGUGGGUAUCUUGAUAUUGGAUUUAGCUUGUAUCGCGUUAGGUUUGAAGUUAUAGAAAAGGAAGGGAAUUCGUCAUCGUGCAUCACCAAAUCCACAAUUGAGUACGAGGUGAAGGAAGAGUUUGCUGCCAAUGCUUCAUAUGUUUCCAUCCAACCACUAGUCAAUAUUAUGGAAGUUGCUGCAAAUUGUUUGGUUGGUAGCUAAACAAAGAAUGACUCCAUUUGUACCCUGAAUUUGCCAAUCUAUCCCCGCCUUUUGAAUAAAAAGAAAGACAAAUUUCAUUUUCAAUU